AUGUCAGAGUGCCUUGUCGAUCAAGAAAAGUAUUUCUAUUGGAUGCUGUUGCAUAUGUACGGAGAAUUAUGUGUUGCAGCGACUAUAAUGUUAGCAACAGGUUCAAUGUUCAUCUCAUAUCUUUUACAUACCUGUGGAAUGUUUAGAAUUGCUAGUUAUCGUAUCAACCAUGCAGUAAAUAUUAAUACCAUACAAAAUAUUACGUUAAAAAAUAAAGUUUUGAUGACCGAGAGCAUAAUUUGUGCUAUAGACAUUCAUCGUCAAGCUAUGAAGUUGUCCAAGCAUUUAGUGUCCUCAUUCGAGAUAACGUUGCUUUGUUUCACUGGAGGAGUAGUCGUUUCCUUUACUCUCAAUUUGUAUCGAAGUGGGACUUCAAUCUUUUGGAGUAAGAUUCACUCCAAAAAGGAGUAA